AUGGCGAACCAGCUUAAGAGGAAAGAUCAGCUGACGCGCCGGGCUGAAGCUAAGCCCACGCCAACCCCCGAACACUCGUUUAGCGGUUCAAGUGCGUUUACGAACUUCAUCCGAGCGCGCGACUGUCGAGUGAGAAGAGGAUCUCUUGACGAGCCGAUGCCACCUGUUGCACCGACUGCGAUCCCGCACAUGCUGCCGCCUUACACGCCGCCGCGACAAAAGGACCAGCCAACCUCAGCACAGCAAUUCAUGCCACUAGGAGGUCAUGGACUAAAAACACCGAAGCCUCGGGACCCGGACUGGAUCAGUUUCGCUAAGUUCUCUGGAAAAGAGACUCACUUGGGUAUGGGUCCGACUUCAAUUCAUGGGGGAUGCGUUUUCUGCAGCGACUUGGCGCGGCAAAACUAA